AUGUAUCAUGAAACUAUGCAAGAAGUUGCUCAGUUCCAAAUGCCUUCAGAACUACAGCAAUUAUUUGCUACUAUAUUACUAUUUGGAGAACCAAAAUAUCAUAAUAAAUCUCUGAGUGAAUAUGACCUACCUCUACUUAUUUCACCUAAUAAUAACUUAAAUAAAUCAUCAAAAUUAUUAUUAAAUGAAUUAAAUAUAUCAAUAACUGCGAAAGACCUAUCGAAUAUAGAACUAUUAAAUGAAAACCAAAAAUGA